GUGUAAUGCACUGAUACUACAACGUGAUAGCUAACAAGAAUCUGAGGGCAAGAACAAUGUCCCACUUCACAAAGAAAAGGAAAUUAGACAAACGUGUGCAGGACAAUCUGUACUUUGACAGUUAUUCUGAUGUUACAAUUCACGAGGAAAUGAUUGCAGACACUGUUCGGACGAGCACCUAUAGGACAGGGAUUUUAAGAAACAGCAAUUCGAUCCAAGGGAAAGUAGUGUUGGAUGUCGGUGCAGGGACGGGUGUUCUAAGCAUAUUCUGCGCACAAGCCGGUGCCAGGAAAGUUUACGCGGUGGAGGCUAGUUCAAUAGCUGAUCAAGCUGUGAAAAUCGUUAAACACAAUAAGAUGGAAGACAUAAUCGAAGUGAUUAAAGGGAGUCUGGAGACAAUCGAUUUGCCCGAGCAGGUGGACGUGAUAGUCAGUGAGUGGAUGGGAUACGCGCUGCUUCACGAAUCCAUGCUGAAUUCUGUCCUUUUCGCCCGCGAUAAAUGGCUUAAACCGGGUGGUCUCAUUUUGCCUUCAAAAGCGGAACUGUACAUUGCACCGAUCAAUGAUUUGGUAGUGGAAGACCGGUUAAGUUUCUGGAACACAGUGAAGGAUCAAUACGGCGUGGAUAUGUCCUGCAUGUCUGACUUCGCCAAGAAAUGCAUCAUGAACAAUGACAUCACUGUGAACUUGGUGACGGUAGAGGACGUCCUCUCCCACCCAUGCAAGUUCGCCGAGUUGGAUCUUUAUUUAGUUACCGCUGAGCAGCUUAAAUCCGUCAGCGGGUCAUUCAAAUGCGAGUGUUUUGGCUCGUCUCCCGUUAACGCACUGUGCGUGUGGUUCACAGUAACCUUUCCGGGUGGCGAGGAGAAGCCCCUGGUCCUCUCUACGUCUCCGUUCAAACCGGAGACGCACUGGAAACAGGCGGUGCUGUAUUUGGAUGACCCGGUGGAUGUUAGACAGGACACCACAGUGGUGGGCGAUGUCAGCAUGUAUCCAUCGGAAGCCAGUUCCAGACACGUAUGCAUCCACGUGGAUUACACUAUAGGAGAAGUAAAAAAACACUCCAAGACCUUCUCCAUCCCUGAUGGAUAUUCAGGAGAAGCUCAACAAUAACGUGUUGCCUGUGCUUUCACACUUGUCUGCCUAAAUUAUAUAUUUUUAAAGCCCACUAUGUUAUCUAGUUCAUGCUACUGAGAUGGCUCAUUGAUUAAUCUGAAUUGAAGUGGCUGAAAGUGUAUAAUACUCUAACCCAAAAUAUUUUCGAAAUGCUGUAAUGAAAAUGGUAUGCAAUUCAGUCUUUAUUGUCAUGUUUAUUCACAUUUUUUAAAUUGUAUCUGUACCUUUUGAGCGAGUCCUACAAGAAGCAAGGUAACAGGGUCAGGGCUGUGUUUCAGGUCUGGGUCAAUCAGCAGCACUGUCAAUAGUCAGCAUAACUGUUGUGUGUGUGUGUGGACCCACCACUGUCUCACUAACAGAUAUGAUCAAUAUGUAUGUAUUCUCUGCUAACAGUAGAUAGACUGGAUAUCAAAGCUCUUUACGUAAUGAACUAAUCCAGUCCUAUUGUGUUCUAUAUUGAAGGGUUCCUCAUCUCACUGGGCCACAUAGACAUAAAAUCAAUUAACUGAAUCUGAAUUCAUAUUUUUUUUUCUCACUUAUUCAAAUCGUUUUUCAGUUUGAAGAAGACCACUUCAAAACGUUAUCUGUAGACCUUUGUGAUACAUUGCUAUUAUACUUUCAAAACAGAACUGCUACACGGGUCAGGUUAGGACAGAUGACCUUAUUUGUCGGAGAGUCUAACUAGCACUGGCUUUUAUGUUUUAGGGUAGCAUUUUUAUAGUGCUGUCUGUACCAAUAUUUACAUAUAGUGUUAAAUACAUUAAAAGUUCCAGAAAUCAGA